GCCAGUAACCGGCCAACCGCCACCGAGGCGGGUCGUCGCUGCCGUUCCAUAUUCAAACUUUACGAAAACUAAAUACCAUAGACAGUUUUGUUUUUAAAUACCAGCUGUGGAGUUAUUUGGGCUAUUUAUACGAGUGAAUUUGGCACGCUCUUGCAUUUCGCUUAUUUAUAAAUGUAGUCGGAUUUAGUGCAGUUUUGAAGAUAUUUCACGUGUCUUGAAUAGUUUUGGAGUUACGGUUAAAUAAAAGACGGAGGAUGGACGUGUCGCGGCCAUCAUGCGCCGCCUUCUUCUGCCUGCUACUCCUGUGCUUCACACAAUUUGCAGAAUGCGUGAACGCGAAGAUAAACUUCAGGGAGAAGGAGAAACAGAUCCUGGACCAGAUCCUCGGGCCGGGGCGGUACGACGCGCGCAUCCGGCCGUCCGGUAUCAACGGGACUGGCGAAGCUCCCACGUUAGUGCGAGUCAACCUGUAUCUCCGAUCCAUCAGCAAAAUAGAUGAUUAUAAAAUGGAAUACUCCGUUCAGCUGACGUUCAGAGAACAAUGGUUAGACGAACGGUUGAAAUUCAACAACUUGGGCGGCCGGCUCAAAUACCUAACCCUCACGGAGGCCAACCGCGUGUGGAUGCCGGACCUGUUCUUCUCGAACGAGAAAGAGGGCCACUUCCACAAUAUCAUCAUGCCGAACGUGUACAUCCGGAUCUUCCCCAACGGGAACGUGCUGUACAGCAUCCGAAUCUCGCUGACGUUGUCGUGCCCCAUGAAUCUGAAGCUGUACCCGCUGGACAAGCAGACGUGCUCGCUCAGGAUGGCCAGUUACGGCUGGACGACAGAUGACCUGGUGUUCCUAUGGAAGGAAGGUGACCCAGUGCAAGUCGUCAAGAACCUACACCUACCGCGCUUCACGCUCGAGAAGUUCCUCACUGAUUACUGCAACAGCAAGACCAAUACUGGUGAAUACAGUUGCCUGAAGGUAGACUUGCUGUUCAAGCGCGAGUUCAGUUACUACCUGAUCCAGAUCUAUAUCCCCUGCUGUAUGCUGGUCAUCGUGUCCUGGGUGUCUUUCUGGCUAGACCAGGGCGCGGUCCCAGCCAGGGUGUCGCUAGGAGUAACAACGCUCCUGACGAUGGCGACCCAGUCGUCAGGGAUCAACGCCUCCCUGCCUCCCGUCUCCUACACGAAGGCCAUCGACGUGUGGACGGGCGUCUGUCUCACCUUCGUCUUCGGAGCGUUGCUAGAAUUCGCUCUAGUGAACUAUGCGUCCCGCUCCGAUAUGCACAGAGAGAACCUGAAGAAGACGCGCAGGGAGAUGGAGGCGGCCACAGCGAACCUGGACGCUGCCUCCGACCUGCUCGACACAGACAGCAACGCCACUUUCGCGAUGAAACCGUUGCGCGGCGGCGAACCGAAGAUGCGGCAGUGCGAGGUCCACAUGAACCCCGCGCGCAAGAACUGCUGUCGCCUGUGGAUGUCCAAGUUCCCCACCCGCUCCAAGAGGAUAGACGUCAUCUCAAGGAUCACCUUCCCGCUGGUCUUCGCCCUUUUCAACCUGGCCUACUGGUCAACCUACUUAUUCCGCGACGAGGACGAGGAGAACUGAUUCGCGCGCGACGCCGCCGCGGCCCCGCAGCACGCGCGGCUCGCCGUCGCCGUGCUCGCGCCCUACGCGCUCUUCGCGCUCGCCUACGCGCUCUUCCUCCGCCAACGGCCUCUCUCCGAAACCUUCUGUCCCUGCUACCGCCCCGGUACUUGUACGGAUUGGCGGAGCAAGCGGGGCUCCUCUCCGGGCUCCAGUAUUAUGCUCACUGUUAGGAUGGAGAACGAUGAGCGAGGGCGCAGGUCUUAAGCCUAUUAGACUCGUGAGUUGUAGUGACUGUAGUUUAUGACUUGCUGAACCACCGCCCCGGUUGCCCAGAUUGGCGGAGUAAACGGCGGUUGUCUCCGGGCUCCAGUACCAUGCUUAGUUCUGUUGCUUACUGUCAUGAUGAAGAAGCGCGGCGUGAGAGCGCAGGUCUUGUAACGUUAUUAGACUCGUGAAAGGCUGUAGUUUGUGACUUGCUGGGAAAUAAGAAGUUUUUACAAGGUCAAAUUAAAGUUCUUAUGAUCUUACUUACAGCUAACUGGUAUCUUCUGCUCUGAUUAUUUGCACCUACUAGUAAAAUGAUUUUAGUCGUAUGAUCGAGCGAAAAAGGCGUAUACACAGACUUUUGAGCUUUUAUUGUUUAACUGGAGCUGUACCAAUAGGUUUAACUACUCUAAUAUAUCAGUCCAGUAUCUACUACUCAGUACUUCGUAGCAAAAGCAUAGGCACGAAUUAAUUGAGAUUGUGGGACACAAGAUUAGUUAGGUUAGGUAAGGGACAGUGGGACUAACAAGAGGCUACCAUUAGUUGUUAGUUGGGAAAGAAAUAUCCAGAAUCCUAUGUUGAGAAGUUUCCAAGUUGGUAUUAUAAUAAAAUCAUGAUAAUAAUUACGAGUAACCUAAGCAAGUCAUAAACUAGACGAUCUCAAAUAUUUGUUGUGAUAAUAGUAACUACCAAUAACACCAACAUUUUUCGUUCUGUUAUUCAAUAAGUGUUCCGUAAACAGAGUUUUGUACGGAACACUAAAAAUCAGAAAAGUUUCACAUUUGACUAUUCGUGUGAACUCUCCACGACAUAAAUCGAUGCAAAUAAAUCCUUGUCUUCAUUUUGAGUCUAUAAGAAGCCAUUCUGAAAUUGGGUGUAAAUAUGAAAUAUGACAAGCUUAAAACUAAGGCAGGCGUCAGGCGCGGGAUAAUAUAGCCUAAAAACAUAACCUCACAUUUACGAUUUUGGUUCACUACGUUAGCGCUAGGUCACUUAUACAUUUACAAUAUGUAUAAAUAAGAUAAUAAUAUGUAGAUAGAGUUAUAGAUUAAUCAAAGUAAAGGGAAGCGUAUGGUCCCUUCGACGGCGGCGGAAUGUGUGACAUCUGAAUUAAGUAUAGGUACAAAACAUUUUCGUUUCAGAAAAGUUUUUGAUAAUUUUACCAAAACUCCAUGAACGGAGACUUACAGACGUAAGUAUUUAGGAUAUAUGAUUCGGUUUGCCAGAUACACACGAGAUUUGAAUCUGUAUAUCCGUAUCCCAUUUGAAAUACUGUUCAAAAUCGUGUGGCAUACGGUAACCGCCCUAUAAAAGCGUGAAUGAAUGUGUGAAUGUAGGAGUAUAUUAAGGGUCAGUAUAUUAACUUAUUGAUACCGAUUAAACUACAAUAUGAACUCGACUCUAUCUCUUAUAACAUAGAGUCUAAUAUUCAUCACUUGGGAGUAGUCGGAGAACAUAUUAUUGUAAGAAGGCCUAGUAUCGGUAGGUUUCAUUCAUAAUCUAUACUAAGUUCUCGUCUAUAAGACAAAAGGAAUUUAUAAAACAAUUUAAUCAUUACCUAUAAUAUAUAGAGCCUACAUAAAUAAGGGUCAUGCAUUUCUUAUUAAAACCUAAAUCCGGCUCGAAGGACCAUCAUUAAAAUGAAUAUCACUUGAGGAUGCAAUUUUAUGUUUUAGUAAGAAAUGCAAGAGGUAUGGUGUAAAUAGUUGGGCCUACAAAUUUCUACACCUGUGUCGCUCAGUGUACAGAACUCUGUUAUCUAAGAUGUUUAUUAAAUUACUAAAAUACUCGUAAAAUAUGUUAAGGUAUUUCGAUAUUAAUUUAUAAUCAUCUAUACUUCGUGUCACUGUAAAUAAUUUAGACUACGUUAGCGACUCUACUCAAUGUUUCCUACGUAUCGAUGUUUUAAUUAAAUACACUUCUUCACGUUUAAAAUAUGAACACACAUUCUCACUUACAAUAUAUUGUGAAAGUAUCACUAAAGCUGUGUUCGUUCGAUGUCGGCGUCGACGCCAUUUUGAUGCACCGUCGUUUGCUUCCGCGAUUCAGUCGCUUAUGUUCCAUUUACAUAAAUCGAAUUACAGAAUAAAUAUACUUUUUGCUCAUCUUUCUAUUUCCGUCCCUUUUUAUUUCCAUGGGUCUUGAAGUUUGGGUUGUAACAUGGUUAUACUAGUUGAUAUAAGUAGCGAAUACUGAUAAUCUAGCAUGUAUUCUUAUUUACUUAGAUAUGUCCCUUAUUAGAUAUUCUUGGCUGUGAUGGCAACCCUAAAAGUUUCGAUAUACUUGCCUAAUCAAAACUUAUGAUUUUUAUGGCCUGGCAACACAAGUUUUGAUACCAAUUUGAAUUUAUCCGUUAAGUCAAUUAAAGUUUUCGAAAACACAUCUACAUAUCGAUCCUACAAAGGAAAAAGGCAAAGAUAAAUCUAACCAAAUAUUAAAUGUACAGGAAAAUAAUUAUGAAUGAAAUACCGGAACGUUAGUUAAUAUUUAAUGGGCAAAUACUUUAAAUGAUCAUCACAAACAAAUGCCAGGAAACAAAUAAAUUUACAAAACUUUAGUUUCUGUAGUAAUUUAUAGUCUGUGUUCUUUGAAUUUUAAGUUUUAAUCAAUACCUAAUAGAUAAUAUUUAGUGAUGAAAAAUAUGAGUUUGCAACCGAGACAAAGCUAGGAAGAUGAUGAUGAUGAUGAAAUGACAAAGAUAAUGAAAAACGAUCCACUUAAAAAAUAUGUAUAAUCAGCAAAAUAUAAACUUGAACUGCUACAUAAUACAACGUGGUCAUAUUAUACAUACCUAAUACAUAAAAAAGUAUCGAGUAUAAAUAUUACUUAUAGAUACAAAAUAUACAAUAUACUAUUUUAUUUACCUUAAAAUUCAGAGAACCAGACUAUUCACAGAAUUUUAGAACAAAUGAGAUCUUAAUAAAAUUUAAAUAAGCUUUUAAAUAAAAUGUCAAAUGAUGUAAAAUGAAGUGCAACAAAUAUCCAGCCAAUAUCCGUUAAGUCAUGCGAUUCGACCAAUCAGCGACCGUAAAAAAUCGUCGACCAAUCAUGAUCGUCCAAUGACUAGCACCUCAAUUCACGUCACUUUGAUGACCAUAAAUAAUGGUAUAUUAUCCAUGUAUCUGUGGUAAGUAAUAAAUAAUGGAAGACAUAGGUUUUUUUAAAUAUUAAAAAGUAUAUGUAAAAAAGAUUUAAUUGAAAAGACAAAGCGCAGAAUCCCUUGCUCUGUUUAUAGAGUUAGAGAUAUGUGCGAGAAAGAGAUGACAACAGAUCCAAUGGAUAAUAUACAAAAUUAAUUGUUACUUUAGCCGUUUAGAACCCUUUAAGUUAAAAAGGACGGCAUAAUGAAAUGCGAAUUACAAAAAGUGUUUUUUAAUAAAUGUAUACCCACCUAAA